GCCAAGGCAGUGAAUCACGUUAAUUCGUGGUCUGUUCUUGUUGUUGGGUCUUGUUCGUCCCUGCAUCAGUCUCCAUGUCUGUGCUUGCUCCUAGGAUUCCAGUGGCUAUAUACUUAUACAGACAAGAUCCAAAUUCACGCGAGGCUUCACCAUCGCCCUCAGCAUCAUCUACUCCUUCGAAAAGACGUUCAGUCUCAAGUAUGACAGGCUUGCUGCCGCUUGCAUUACCAGCUCCCCGCUCAGAGACACCAAGUAUUCUCGACGAAGAAGUCAUUGACGACAUGAUGGAUUGUUUUCCCGAGAUGCUAGCCAGAGAUCUGGAAAGAUCGAGCUCAGUGUUCAUGGCAAAGAACAUGACUGCUGGUAUGCCAUCCGCUCCCGUGUGGUUUGCAGAGGACCAGGCCACUCGGGGCAUAAUGGGACCAAGUCGAAUUAUUACUUCCCCAUAUCAAUCCGGAUCCGUGCGAGUACAGAAUUUAGGGUCGAUAGAAGAGCGGCAGUCAAUGGUGUCUUUUCUUGAACACCGUGGGCAUGGUGCUGAUGAAAUUGAAUCUGACGAGGAGUCCGAAUCAUCAUCAGAGUCCUCUGAAGCCAUUGAGGUACCUUCUAUCAAGUUACGCGAGCAAUCCAUUGUCACAACAGCGACAUCUCUCACAUCAGCCAGUGGAAACCCACCAUCGCCCAAAGAUCUCUUGUCGCCCACGCGAGGACAAGAAUACAGCUGGAUUGAUAUUGAUUCUGACGAUGAUGAUGAGCCUGAGCCUCAAUUUCGGGAGCAGUUGGCCACGCCAAAAGAGACAGCUGCUUUAUCACCACGACCUCCUACACCACCAAACACCGAGCCUACCUUUGAUAUCACUGUCAUGAUGGAGGCGCCCAGACCUCGCCUUCACAGAGCCUGCUCUUGCAUUGACGAGUCUCCCAAACUGAACAAACACAAAAGGCAAUUCUCAGUCAAAUCUAUGGACGCGCCAACUAUCCCCCCCCGAAAAACAUCCCUCACAAGUGCGACAGAUCCAUUGGACACAACUCCUCGGAUCGUAAUACCCAGCUUUGAUUCGCGGAUAGGCCCGGACAGUCAAGGUUACACCAAGCAGUCACCCUCUUACACCCAGCGCUUUCGCGAUGAGACCGACAACAACACAAUCCUUCUCAAAUCAGACUUUGGAUCAAUUGAGCUAGAAAUCGAGGACGAAGACACAUUCAUGGAUCACUAUCCACCUCCCCCACCACUGUCACGACCUGACACAGUUUAUAUCGAACAAACUCCACCACCAUCACCACUACCCACUGUCGAAUCUUGGCUAGACGACUCCAAUCCUCCAUGUCUUCCUCAAAUUCCCGUUGACGACUUGGCAAAGGCCGUGCCGCUGCCGCCUGAUAUUAUCGAAACACUACGAGUGUCAAUUGCUUGCUUCCCGGAAACAAUGCUCUUGUCAUCUAGCUUGACAACAGAAACAAUUCGCGCCUACUCAAAGAAAGUUCGGCAACCGUCAGUCGACGUUUGGUCUGAGCCAGCUACCGACUCAUCGACGCUGCACCCACGAAAGUCAAUCUGGAAGAAGGUUGUCUCACAUGGCCGCGACUCAACUAGCACCAGACGUCAGCGGUUACACUCGUAUGAUAACAACACACAUUCGGGCGCCGCCGCAUCUCCAGUGCCUUGGGCCCCGUUGCGACAUGUGUUUUCCGGCUGCUCAGAUUACAUCUGUGAUGCCUUGUAUGCGCACAUCGUCGCCUACAACUACGUUUCACGAGUUCCCCGCAACCAGCCAACAGGACAGCGAGCGUCGACCUCCGACUCGAAACAGCAGGGUGAGAAUAUUCCAAAGAAGGCUGCAUCGCUUCUGGGCCUAGGCACACCUCAGGUCAACCCCUCACCUAGUGUUGGUCGAUUCGCCAAGAAGUUCAGUGCUCCCCUGACAGUCAUGGGAUUCGGCAAGGAGGAAACAUCUACAGCAACUGUCCAAGACAAUGCGACACGAAACAUCGAAUCAGGUCUUCUUCGCUGUAUCUCUAGGCUAGUGGCUACAGCCAGGAUGAUCUCUGAAGGAGGUGCUGGGGAGGAGAGAUUAAUGGACACGGAGCCGCCACAGGAGGUUGAUAUGAUCUUCGUCAGGAGUAUAUGUGAGAUCGUUAGACUAUCAGAGGAGGCAUCAUGAAGCCUGGUCAUUGAAGUAGCACAACCUCCGGGGCAUUGACCCAAAGCGCUCUUUUCAGCAGCCUUUUUUUAUGUUCAUAUAUGGGAAUGGUGUUAAUGGUUGUAUACCCUGAUUGACAGGUUGGGACUUUUUACUUGGCCUGUGGACCAACGAACUCGAGAUAAUGCAGUCACGUCGACUCUGAAUUGAAACAUUACACUACAGUCUUACUUAGUACUCCUCUGCUAUU